AUGGCCUGUUCCUUUCAUCCAUUCCCGAGACUGCCCCUUGAGCUUCGGAUGCAAAUCUGGGACGCAGCAUGUCUUUCCUACAUCUUCUACGAUCGUCACAAAGCUAGUAUGCAUUACAUUGACGUCGAGCAUAGUGCUGAGAGCAAUACGCUCUUGGCAUAUCACAGGUCCAUGGGUGAUGUUGCCGAAGGAAAUGACAAAUCUGGCUGCUUGGUACACGCGCUAUGGACAGCCUGCUCUGAAUCGCGGGAGGCUGUAGCAAGAUACUGGCGUAACUACCCCUAUGGCAAUCUGUCCCUACCCCCUGCGAGGCUCCGCAUGCGCGACAAUGAAGGAAUUUGGGAUGCUACUGUUUGCCCAACUAUGGAUAUCUUUUGUAUCCAAGCGAAGAGCUGGAAAUGGAAAGCUCCGGACGGAAAUGAUAAGCCAUGGCGGGCUUUUGGGAUUCUUUCCGGCGUGUUUAACCUCGCAAACUGUCCCAACGAUUGGAGGAAGCUCGCAUGA